AAGCCGUAUGGCAAAGCGAAAAGGUAUAUUGAGACAGACCGGAGGAAAUCAGGCUGAGCGAUCACGAUACACGUGACUGAUGCACUCUAGAUUGCACUUGAUGUAUGGUGCUAUUCGUACUUGGUCUUCUACUUUGCGAAUCAGUAACCCAACAUCUUCAUGCGUUCGUUCCUUUCACGACAGUCUUCUUGAUGCCCGCCGCGAGCCUUGCUUGUGUUCGUCUCGUCUGUGUUCAGCUCAGGCUUCUUGUCUCACUAGGACGAGGAGUACGCAGCACGGGCUUCAGGCUACGCAUGUUCGACAUCUGCGAGCACCUUCUCGGCAAUGCUAGACCUCAUUUCUACUCACCACAUGCAUCGCCUUCCGUCCCAGGACCAUUCCCAAUGCGUGGGAUGCCUUCUAAAGGUCACAUGUUGCGCCAAAGCCUCAAUGCAUCAUUGACUCUCGGCACAACGAGCCAUUAAAUCCAUGACCCGCCCGGCCAAUUCUCGUGGGCCCUGCAUUGUGAGUAGAUGUGGCGGUGCUGCCAGCCCUACCUGCCAGGUCACAUU